AUGCCUCAACGACGCCGUCUUGUUCUUCUUCUUUACUUGGGCGUCUCUGUUUCAAGUUCAAUGAUGAACUUGUUCUUCGUUCAUCUCCAGGCAGUGCAACUAGUGGAGGAGUGGAUUCCUGCUCGUCUUCACUCCUUUUCACGCAUGGAAGCCCAGGCCGAAUCCCUCCUCGGAAACCUCUCCCCGCCGCCGAGCUGCAUCGUCGCAGAUAUCAGCCUGCCGUACACCGCCACUCUUGCGGCGAAGUUCGGGAUCCCUCGAUUCAGCUUCCAAGGGUUCGGCUGCCUCUGCCUCCUGACCGUCCGUUUGAUCUGUCUCCAUCCUGAAGAAAUCGACACCUCCGACUCAGAUUCAGAUUACUUCUCCCUAACCGGACUCCAUCGAAUCAAGUUCACUAGAAAUCAGCUACCCAUCCGGAUCAGGAAGGAGAACAGAGGGAUCGGGGUUCAGAUGCUAAAAGCGGAAUCGGAAUCUAACGGAGUGAUCAUGAAUAGCUUUGAAGAGCUGGAGACAGAGUAUAUCGAGGAAUUGAAGAAAGGGGAAGGCGGGAAUGGGAAAAUCUGGUGCGUCGGCCCCGUUUCACUAACCACCGGCGACCAAUUGGACAGAGGCGGAAGCAGAGUAGGAGAUUCUGCAAUCAUCGAUUGGCUUGAUUCGAAGGAUACCCAUUCAAUAAUCUAUGUAUGCUUCGGAUCUACGUUUAAUCCGAAGCCGGAUCUGCUGAUCGAGCUUGGAUUAGGUUUGGAAGCGUCAAACCAGCCUUUCAUCUGGGUAAUCAGGGGAAACUCGAAGGAAAACUCCGGCGAGCUUCAGAACUGGAUUGCGGGAAGCGGAUUCGAAGAGAGGACCGCCGGGAGGGGAUUGCUGGUCCGAGGGUGGGCCCCUCAGGUAGCGAUACUGUCUCAUCGAGCCGUCGGAGGGUUUCUGACGCACUGCGGGUGGAACGCGACGGUCGAAGGGAUCAGCGCCGGAGUGCCGCUGAUAACGUGGCCGUUGCUCGGAGACCAGUUUGUGAACGAGAAGCUGGCCGUCGAAGUGCUGGGGAUCGGGGUUAGUCUGGGAGUGGAGCAGCCGGUGAUGGUGGAUUGGGAGGAGGUGGAAGCGUCUGCGGCGGUGGUGAAGAGGGAGGAUGUGGUGAGGGCGGUGGAGAGAGUGGUGGGCGGCGGCGAGGAAGGUGAAGCGAUGAGGAAGAGAGCGACGGAGCUUGCCCGGAUGGCGCGGCGGGCGGUGGAGUGCGGCGGAUCUUCUUAUGAGAAUGUUACGAGGCUGAUUGAAGAUGUGAAGAAAUAUCAAAAGAGGGAAAUAAGGUGA